GACGAAACGUCUGUGACUCGUCCCAAAGGGGCGACCAUGAUAGACACUCUUUUCUCGGGAGUAUUUAUGAAGAACCGUUCGUCCUGUCCUCGCAACGUGAGGACGUACUUGUUCGUCUAAACCAGUAGAGCACCCAAUACGAAAAACAUGCCGGAGCUCCAAAAGGACAAUAUUGCGGCGAACUGGCGAUGCUUCGUCGCUUGCGGCAUCAUCACCCUAUCACCCUUUCAAUACGGUGUUGACUUUGGCCUGAUCGGUGGUUUACAGGCCAUGCCAGGAUUCUUGAAGAUCUAUGGUUAUGAAGCCCCAGAGACGCCGAUAGGAUGGAACAUAACCCCGCUACGGCAACAAUUGAUAUCGUCGUUGAUGACUCUGGGAGCCUUUAUCAGUUCGGGCGCAGCAGGCUUCGCAGCGGCCAGACUCGGACGGAGACACUGCCUAUGGCUAGCCUAG